UUCUUUUUGCGUCUGAUUGGAACGAACGAGAAUGAAUGCAGCGACGAGGGGUAAUCGCCCAACUCCGACGCCCCUCUGCAGUUCUUCUUUUAUCGCCGACAGCAUACAAACCGAUGAAGUGCAGCAACAGUCGCCGAUCGAGGCGAGCACCAUCAGUACUCGAUGUGACUGAGGAAGCAAGAAGAACGGCAUCAAGAGAAGAUGUAGGGCUGAUGGGCAGUGAUGAACCGUGAAAAGCACCACCGGUGCUCAAUCCGGUCGAAGAAGAAGAAGGGAGGAACGAACAGGGGCCGCGAAAACUGCUCCUUCGUCUGCCGACAUCAACCACACAAGGAAGGUGGGUGUUUGGUUGUGUUUGACGGAAACAAGUGGAGAGGAGGAGGAAGAGGGCUGCCAUGGCCGACAGCUUCACAGGGAAAGAAAGAGAAUUCAGUGGGUGUUUGGGACCUGUUUUUCUCAUCAAAACAAAAAGGGAAAGUGAGAUGGGGGUCGUUGGAGGCAGGAGCGAGUUGUAAGGAUGGCGAUUGGAGGUCUCUUGGCUCCACCAGUUUCCUUUUCUGGUUCGAUCAUUUAAACUCAAAGAACAGGGGACUGAUCGAUGGUGGCACCUCAGCAAGUGUAGGGUUGUUUUGGUUGAUGUUCUACAGGAGAAGAUAGAAGGAAUAACGGAAGGUGGGUGCUGCUGCUUAGCUCACAGGAGAAACCACAAGAAAACCACCUCCAAUGGAGGUGUUCUUGGCUGUGCAUCGAAACAGAAAGAAGGGAGAGAAAGAGUGAGUCUGAAUGAUUGAGGAUAUUUUUGUGUGAUCAAAAAUAAGAUUUUUAGAAGACUUUUGUGGUACUUUGUGAUAUUGCUGGAGAUUUAGAGUACAAUGUCCAAUUGGUUCAAGAUUUGAUACAUUUGCAAUUGGGAUGAUCAUUUGUGUGAGUGUGUGUAAAAAGUGAGGAUCGAGAAUGAAUGGGAAAAGAAGCUGGACACUUUCAUGUACCAAUAGAUCUUUUAUUACACCUCUCUUUGCUUUUCUAAUGUUAUGCAUAUAUACAUGUGAUGGUAUUUUGGUAACAAUAA